AUGGGUGUCAGCCCUCGAAUAGAAGAUCUGGAUUACUGGUCGCUGGAACCCGCUUUGCAAAAUCCCAGAGUGGCUCGAAGCAUGACACAUAGCCGUUACCAGAAGAUAUCUCAAUAUUUCCAUCUCGCUGACCCGAGACACGAUCCUUGUAAUAUGCCAUUGACGUACGAGGAACGGUUUUUGAGAGUACAGGAGAAGCCUUUGUAUAAGCUUGGAAAUUUCUACAUGCAGUUUCUCGGUAAUUGCAUCAAGAACUACAAUUUGCAUCGUGAUAUCUGCGUUUCUGAAGACCAGUUGUAUUCACCCAAUUGCGUAGUGCCGAACAGAAGCCCUUGCGUCAAGCCAUAUGUACUGAUGGAUGUGUUAACCGACUACGUUCAAAAUAUUGAUUUCACUGCUCCGCUGAAAGAUGGUGACAGUAAAGUGAAAGAUGUCGUCAAUUCAUUGGUGAGGAACGUGGCUUUCCGAGGGCAUCAUCUGUAUGUUAAUGGUUUUUACACAUCAGUCGACCUUGCCACCGUUCUUCUUGAGCAGAAGACGUAUUUGACAGGCGUUUUACAUCCUGGGUAUAAGGACGCACCUUUUGAGAUUAUGGACGUACCACAGAACAGAGCUUCUCACCACGUCAGAACUCUUAAGAAGGGUCAGUUCCUUGCACGGCGCUACCGACUUGCCUCUAUCUCGGCUGUUACAUAUCGUGAUACGUCACUUUCUACCAUGAUAUCUACGUGUCACGAACCGUUCGUACAUACGGCAGACUCUGAUUGGCUGCUGAGGUACAUCAAUAUCAACAAUUCUGCUCACCUAGUUAAGAUUCCUGCACCGCGGAUGGUGGUUGAGUACACUCAGACACGUAGUCACGUCAACAAAGCCCUUCAAUCUCACACGCAAUACGCUACUUUCCAGUCGCGACAGCACAAUAAAUGGUGGAAGAACCUUUUUCAGUUUUGUCUCAACGUGGCGUUAUCCAAUGCAUACGUCUGCUACAAAGAACAAAACAAAGUGGAUACAGCACGAUUUGAUUUUAAAACAUUCGUCUUGCGCGUUGUGGAUGGUUUACUUAAUAACCUGCCUCGUGUAAAGCCAGACACACCUACGAAGCCAAGUCCAACCGUUGUUGACGUAACUUCUAGUCAUAAGCUGUCAUUGCACAAUGGACGUGGCAAACCCUGUUUCCAGUGCAAAGCUGACGGACGAACACAGCCGAGUGGCUAUGCUAGAGACACGCGCUACUUUUGUUCAGUCUGUGCUGUGCAUCUCUGCAAAGGAAUGUGUUUCACUAAAUGGCACAACCGUCUAUCCGCCGGCGACACCAUGACAAGGAACCUUGGGAGGAGAUCGUUCAAAGGUGCUGGGUAUCGUAAACGAUUCGGUACUGGUAAAACUUUUGGUGCUAUGCGCAGUGAAGUCGUUAGAAGAACCGGUGCUACGUCAAGUACCAGGUCGGACUUCAGAGGAAAUGUUGCUCACUCAAAGCAGUAUUCUCAGAUGACCAAUUCCAUCGUAUCAAAUCAAGCCUCAGUUACUGCUGACCAAGCCAUGUCUAGCACAUCCGCUAUGAAACCCACGUCAAUGACCCGUGGCAUGCGUCAAGGAUUAUCGGAUUAUCCGCAAGUGGCAGCUAACUUCAUGCGAUCAGAGCAGAUUGCAUCCUCAUUACGGACACAGCAAGGCAGGACAGAAUCCCACGUAGUUAACACUGACAUUGCGCAAUCACAGCAUGCUGUAACGACGUCAAGUUCAGGUCAGUUUGCGUCUAAUUCGUCAUUGCUGAGAUCCGGCCAAUCUGAAGAUACCGCAUCGACUUGUAAUGUGACGGACUAUCUGCAAGUAGUCACAGGCUAUGUAAGAUCUGACCAAUCAGUGGCAGGUAUGGUAUCACAUGACCAUUCAGCACCUGCUCCAACUUCCCAGCACGGUGCAACAGAGCUGCUACCUGUUAGUACACACUCACAAAAACCCAACCAGGCUACUGUUAGUUCAUCUCACAAAAUGACUCCAUCAAGACGAGGAAAACCUUCCAGCAGUUUGUCGCGAGCGGUGGUGCCAUUUUCCAAAGCGGCUGCCGUGCCAAGACCAGAGCAAGUAGCCGCUGCCAUGACAUCACAGCAACUAGCCACGGUAAUGAGGUCAUACCAGGACAUAGCCACUGCUUCUGGCCACAAGAUUCAGAAAGUCCAUGCACGGGGAAAACGCUGCGUUCAGUGCUGGAUAGAUGGCAGACGACAACCGAGUGGACAUCCUCGCGAUACGAGAUUCUUCUGUGCGGUGUGCUUGGUACACCUGUGUAGGGGACUAUGCUUCGCUAAAUGGCAUGCAAGUCUGUCAGUGUCUAAAGACACCGAUGGCGGUGGUGAGAAGGGUCCUGGGAAAAAGUCAAAAGAUUCUGAUGGUGAUGGUAUGGAGAAAGGACAAACGAGAAAAUCUACAUCACAG